UCACUAGUUGAUAAACAAAUUUAAUGGGGACAACGAAAUUUGAUUCACUAGAAGAGUAUGGCCUUAACGUCAAGAUAUUACCGUCCAAUGACCAAGUUAAAGAGUUGCAGACGAUUCUGAGAGACAAGAAUACAAGCAGAAGCGACUUCAAAUUUUUUGCUGAUCGUUUGAUACGCUUGGUGAUUGAAGAAAGUUUGAAUCAACUUCCUUUCACAAAAUGUUUGAUCACAACACCUACAAAUGCAGUAUACGAAGGUUUAAGUUACCAGAAAGGUAACUGUGGAGUUAGCAUUAUACGAAGUGGUGAAGCGAUGGAACAGGGUUUACGAGAUUGCUGCCGUUCAAUUCGCAUAGGAAAAAUCUUGGUUGAAUCUGAUGCAGACACUCAUGAAGCUAGAGUUGUGUAUGCUCGCUUUCCUGAAGAUAUUUCAAGAAGAAAAGUUCUUCUUAUGUAUCCAAUCAUGAGCACUGGUAACACAGUUAUAAAAGCAGUGGCUGUUCUCAAAGAGCAUCAAGUUUUGGAAGAAAAUAUAAUUUUAUCUAAUUUGUUUUGCACCCCAUUUGCCAUACGGACAGUUGGAGCAGCUUUUCCUCAGAUGAAAAUUCUUACUUCAGAAAUAUACCAUAUUGCCCCAAACCAUUUUGGACAGAAGUAUUUUGGCACAGACUGAAAUAUUUUAUCUGAAGACAAGGAUGUACAACACUUCUACUGUGAUAGUGAAAUUUCAUGAAUUUUUAAGCUUAAUUGUAUAGUAUUUUAUCAAUUAAUUGGAUGAUUUUUUAUUUAUUUUGAUUGCAGUAUUUUUUGCAUUCAAAAUUAUUGUGAAACAACAAUAUGUCAGUAGUAGGCUUGGGUAUGUCUGAGACUAGAAUUAAUGGUUUGGACCAAUGGCUCAUAAAUAAUUGAGCUAUGCUUCAAGCCCUCACUUUUAAACAAAGACAUACUAAAGCAUACUUUUCAUUGUUGACUUUAAUUUUUAAUACUAGUACAGAGCUGCCAACCAUUACGGAUUUUCCGUAAUUAUUACGGAUUUUAACCCCGAAUUACGGAAUUACGGAACAUCGAUGGUUUAUUACGGAAACGAGGGUUUGUGCUGCAUGGUAACGGAGAAAAUUCCGUUUCUGCUGUGCUUGUUUCGUGAACGCAGUUUGAAUACAUCGCUUGGUUGCACAAAUAACGGAACUAGUAAGAGUGCGCAUGUACGAUGUACUGUCGAAAUAAGUAAAUUAAUUCUCGUGUUUUCAAAUAAUAAUGGGAUGGUAUUACGUCCGUUGUACGAUACAACUAGUACAUAUUCUCGGACUUAUCGUUUGAAGGCUACUUAAAUCACGAUAAUUUUUGUACGGUACUUUGGCUAACCUGUGUUGUGUUAAUUUAUUUCUUGAAAGCCAUUUUUUCCAUAUUAGUGUUUUUGUCGUGUCUACAGACGUGGAUUUUUUUUAUGUUUUUCGAUAGUGAUGUGUUCUUCAGUGCCGGUUUUAGAAAUGAAGCGUGUGACAGAAUAAUGUGUAUCUGGAAAAAAAAAACACGCAAGUCUUCGGAACUUUCGACUUAAAUAUUCAAAAGAAUGGCCAUGCUUGUCGUUUUCAAAUGUUUGGAACGCCACGGUUUUGUAAUGUAUGCACGUGUGACUUUUCGAUUGCAUAUGGUGGAAGGGAUGACUGUAGACGGCAUAUUGAAUCAAAGAAACAUGCAGAACAUUUUAAAGCCGUGACGAGCAAUAAAUCUAUAUCUUCGUUUUUUCGCUACAUCUGAAGAAACGAAAGUAACGAACGCAGUUACUGUUUACAAGUCCUUGUGUUUGUCUUGCUGUUUGUUUACAUGACAUUUCUUAUUCAACCAGGAUAAAAAAAAAAGCAAAUAAAAAGACAGUUGCUUUAAAGUUUAACUUUGAAUACUUUGAAUUGAAGAUUCAAAAUAUCCAGUAAAAUUAUUAAUAUUUCUUACAUAUUCAGAUGAUUGUAUUGUUCUAAUAGAUUUUUUUUAUUCAUUAAUAUGCAUUGUAUUCAUAUUUUUCUUUUUCUAUUGCAUAUUAUUGUCCUUGUUUUAUCUUGAGAGUGUGUUAUAAUGCCCCAGGAAAAAUUUAUCGUGCAUGAUUUACGCGUACUUUUUUCAUAUACCUAAUUGCCAUUACUGAUGGGUGUGAUUUGAGGUUGGCAGCUCUGCUAGUAUUAAUUUGUUUUAGAGAAAAAUAAAAGUAUUAAGAGCAUUGAAUUUAACUUGCUAUUUAUUAUUUUUGACUUAACACUGUGUGCUUUUAUUUCCAAAAAUUUUAAUAUUUAUUCCUAGGUACUUGUAGCUGUUAGAUUAAUAGCAGGAAUGUCGACUACUUAGAAUGUUAUGCGUCAACACUUUUGUGUUUGUAUUACUUAUGUUCACCUGUCUUCUUGAGGGGGAAAGUAAAUUUCUGUUACUUAACCCAUAAUGUAAAAUUGAACAGGAACUCACAUCAUUGUUUCUUAACUACUGUUGUUUAUAUAAUUAUAAAAAUAAAAAUUUUGUAGUUUCUUUUUUGCAUAUAAAAUUAUAAUACUAAGAACUCUACAAAUGUAAGAGUUUUGUUUGUAAGCAUGUUACAUGAUUUAAGAUUUGCUUUAGUUUAUACCCCUAAAAAUUUAAAAAGUGUAAAAAUAUUUUCUUCAGUAACAACAGCCAUGAUUGCAAGUCUUUGGCAUGAAAAUAUUACUUUUUAAUAAGUAACUAAAUAUUAAUUUAUUUUACAUGUUUUCAUGGUCUGAAUGAACUUAUACCAGUUGAACAUGCACCGAGUCAAGAUAAAACAGGCUGCAACUUGACUUUACAUGUUGCAUCCCACAAGAUGGUAUUUCACUGUUUAUGAGAAAAUGAGACAUUUAUUAAUGAAUUGGUAAAGUAGGACAGUGCUAGUUUAAAUAAAAUUCUAGAAAAUUACUGUAAAAAUGAUUGCAAUCUUGAUCAUGAAACAUCAUAACAUGCCACACCUGCCAUGAUAGUUUCUUAUUGUUUGCAGUAACAUAUAACAUUGUUUAAGAAUAAAAAAUUAAUUAUUUGACAAAAAAUUUAAUUCUUGGUUAAUUGACAGGGAAGAAGCAAAGGCCUGAUUAAUGGUACACUUAUGUGCGUGGGCAUUUCCAAAGGGGAGGAGUGACAAACUCCCCUCACCCCCCUGACCAUUAAAUACAAUAAAAGAAAAUAAUUUGAAAGAAAACAGAGCAAGCAAAGUGGUUCUAUUCCCCCCCCCCCCUUUUUUCUCAUUUUUCCCAAAUUAAAUUAGGGUUAUGCUUCUGAGUGUAGGGUAUGAUAAUCUCUAGAGAUGAACGAGUCUGCAGAUUUUUGGGUGGAGUCAAGCCGAGUUCAGUAAUAAUACUGUCUAGUCCACAUUUGUUCAUUUUUAAGUUGUGUAGGAUCCUUGACCCAUUAGCUGCGAUGGUAAGUAGGAUUAGCGUGCUGUGCUGUGCUGUGCUGUGCUGUGCUACACAUGUUUAGCAGGUGAUAUCCUCCCUGUGCUGAGGCUCAUUUUUUCUAAACAUCCACAUUUAUAUGUGUUAUUUUUCAUCAAUACAUGUUUGAUGAUGCAAAUAACAUAAAAUUUCCCUCCAUUUUUAUCAAGGCUGGUGAACCAAAAAUGUUUUUAUAUAUGAACAGCUGAGUGGAAAAAGGAUAACAUUCCACAAAAUGGCGAAAUGAACUUGAGAUUGCCAUUUUGUAAUAUUUCUUAUACUCUAUCCAUUGAGUGUAAGAAGGAUAAUAUUGCAGUGGUGGGCCAAUGUUGAAAAUGAUGCUGAAUAUUUCAUUGAGAUGAAGGAUAAAAUUCUAGGAAUGUUAUCUUUCUUCCACCCAAUAUUGUGCUGGAAAUUGGAAUAGACAUCUAUGCAACUUCAGUGCAUGUUUAAUGAUAAACUGGUAAAAUAUGGCACUCUGCUUUCAAAAUACAGGUUGUUUUUGAUUGUGUACAGAAUACAAUGUUACAAUACGAAAGGUUUUACAAUUUGUAAAAAAAAUGAUUGCACUGCUUUAUGCUACUUGCACUGCUGGUGUAUACAUGUCAUCCAUGAAUUUUAUGACCUCUAUGGCUGUAACUACAUCGGUUAUUCUAUUAAAAAAAAUGUGUGUUGUGUACAUGGAGAUAUGUUGUUCUGUUUAGAGGUUAGGUUAGUGUUUUGACCUUUAUUGUCAGCUUUAAUACAGUUAGUAAGAUAAUACAGUAAUAUUUUGUGGAUACUGUGCGAAAUGUCAGAUUCAGAGGAAGAAUGUCUCGAGCCUAUAUGAAAACAAGGUAAGGUAAACAAAUAAAUGCAUUCAAAAUAAAAACAGAAAAAAACAAGAAGAAAGGGUGAAGAGUUUGUAACGAGUGAAGGUUUGCUAGUGGAGGCUAAAAUGACAGGCCCAGACUGUGGUUGCCAUAAACAAUGUAUGGUUGGCUUCAGUGUUGAAGAAGAAAACAACAUAAUAGCGACUGUUUAUAGCGGACGUCCCAAGAAUGAACAAGACACAUACCUUUUAGGAUUGAUGGAGAGAUACAAUGUUGGUAGACAUCAGGGCAGCAACUAGAGUCUCUGGCACCCGGGGCAUGAAUGGAUUCAUGCGCCCCCCCCCCCCCCUCUUUUUUUGCACAUACCACACCAAUAAAGCGGGGGGUCUGGGAGCCCUCCCACGGAAAAAUGGUGCUAUUUAAGCAUUUUCCAUACCUACAUGUAACAGUUUCUGUGCUACUGUAACUUCCAUGCAUGAACCCACUAGUAGGAAUUACAAUGCAAGCGAUUUCGGCGCCCCCACAGCUUUGCGCCCGGGGCGUAUGCCCCGCUUGCCCCCCCCUAGUUGCGGCCCUGGUAGACAUUGUCCAUUGUCAGAAAACUCCAAACAAAACACAUCAUCCUUUAAGUACUUUGCAAUUAAAGGAACCACACGGGUUGACGUUUGUCGUAAGGCCUACCUAAGUUUGCAUGCCAUCUCAAAUAAGGUCGUCCAAUGUCUAAACAAGCUUCUCGAGAGAAAUCAGCUAGCUACCUAUUGACUUAACCCGUCAUUGGUCGCAUUGUAAUAUGUUACACCAGUGGUCGCGCAUGAGCAUUUUGCUCACAGACUUAAUUUUACGAUUAGAGUCGUGCUUAACCACUUUUAAAAGGCCAAAUAUUUUACUUAUUGCAAAUGAAACAACUUUGCUUUUUUUAAAUAAUAUUUAAUAUUAUUAUCACGUAAUUUUUAAAAAUUUUUUUUACAUAAAUCAUCAUCAUAAUAAACUAUUUGGCUGUAUACUGAAUUUCCUUCGUCCGGCCUAUGAAUACAUCAACAAUAAAUGCAGUAGUUUUGGAAGCAAAACAGAAAAUCACACAUUAUUUACUAGGUACUUCAUCAUUUUCUAGCAAAAAAAAAAAAUAUUAAAUCUACUGAGUCUUUUGAGGGCACACUAAUUUAUGUUAUACAUUUGAGACUAUGACUAAUAGAACACACAUUAUGCAAUAGAGAAUUUCUAUUUCAAAAUUAACUGCUUUCAUGGAAAUUUACAUUUUAUAACACCUAACUCUAUUAGGAUUUUUCAACAUUUUGGUCAAAAUUUUGAUCAUUGGCGGCUGCUUGGUUUUCAGGUGGUAAACUCUACGGCAACCAUGGUGGAACUUCUGUAAAUACAAAGCACAGAAUAUAUAUCACAUUACUGAAAAUUCUAGUAAAAAAUAAAAUAGAUUCAUAAAACUAUGGAAAGACUGUAAUUACAUAUCUUCCUCUGGAAUUCCUAAGAGUUUUUCCAAAAUUAUAAAAUCUUGUCUAACUUCUAUGCAAAUUCAGCUUUUCAGCAUACGUAUUCAAAAGUAAUUUAUUAUUUUGAUACGAAAAUCAACAAUUUUGUAACAAAAUGAUAAUAUUUACUUUAAUUGAUGUUUUAUGUAAUUUUUUUUUUGUAUUUUCAAUCAAAAUAUUGAUAAUUAUAACAUAACUUACCUGUUCUGGAACAUUCAGCGAUUUGUUGAAGAGCCAAAGCCACAAUUUUAUUCUCCCGAUUCAUUUCAAUAAGUAAUACCACGAAUCAUUAGAUUUAGUCUCACGAGAAUAUAUUCCACGACUAAACACAGCACUUUGCAAACCGAACUGUCGUCACAAUUGUAGCAACGCGACUGGUCGCACUGUGAGCAAACUGCUCAUGCGGCGUGCAUGCCUGUAAACGAUAUCUUAUCUCAAGACCAAGUAUUAGUUACAUUAUGUCAGCCACCUAGUUACUUAAAAAGGAAGGUUCAAAACUCAGCUAGAAAAAAGGACACCUCCCCACAGCAAUAAAAACAAUAACAGUAAAACAUUAUUUCUGAGGGUGAGCAAAAUGCUCAUAGCGCGACCAAUGACGAGUUAAGAGGACAGCACCAAAACCGUAGUAAUACACUGGAAACAACCAUUAUAGUCAUGAUAGAUGAGCAUAUUUCCUCUUAGUCUUUUCCUAAACAUGAGUCUCACUACACUUCCGUUCCUGUCACAUUUUUGGAAUUGGGUUUGACUGUUCGAAAAAUGCUUGAUCUUUUCAUAGAGCGUCAUCCUUCACUAAAAGGAACUGUAAAAUAUGAGUAUUAUUUAAAACAUUUCAAAGAAAACUAUGGUUAUAGGUUUGGUAUGCCUCAAGUUGAUGUAUGCUCGACCUGUGAAGAUUUAAAUUCAAAGAUUAAAUCUUCAACUCUCAACGAAGUAGCAAAACGAGUUGCAGUCGCUGAGAUACUUAUUCACAAACAACGUUUUAGUAAGUUUUACAAGAAACUUCAGGAUGUCACCAAGAUCUGUUAAAACAUAAAUGAUGGCAUGGGUAUUGUUUUCGACUUUAUGCAGAAUCUUCCGCUGCCUUUUAUGCCUGUUCAGGAAAUGUUUUAUUUGCGCAAACUCUGGUUCUUUGUCUUCAAUGUUCAUGAUAUCGGAAAUGAAUCAUCAGUAUUCUACACAUACACAGAAAGGGUAGCUAAAAGAGGCCCUAACGAGGUAUGCAGCUGUGUCCUCGACUUCGUAGACGGAAUUCCUAAAGAAGUGAAAGAACUUCACAUAUUUAGUGAUGCAUUCGCCGGACAAAAUCGUAAUCACACACUAACCCGGCUGUUAUUGGUACUGACCAUGACUGGAAGAUUCAAAGUAAUCAACCAGUACUAUCCUAUUCGAGGACAUAGUUUCUUGCCAUGUGACAGAAACUUUUCAGUCAUCAAACGAGCUGUUCGCAAAGAGGAUCGUAUUUAUUCACUAAACCAGCAUGAACAGAUUAUUCAAGGUGCAAGAAAGCAUAAUCCUCCCUUUUUAGUGAAAACUGUUGAAAGAAACCACAUAGGCUACUGAACUUCAAAGACUGGUGGCCACAGUACUUUAAGAAAAAUCAUGGUCUUACCUUCAACAUAAGUACAUGCAGACAUCUUGUGUACAGAAGCGAGUUAAAUGGCCAUGUGACAGCUUCUGAGUACAUUGUGGACUGGUUGAGAACACAUUCAAACUGAGAAACAAGACAAUGUGCCACUGCCCAAUGAAAAAGCCUAUGUUGGGAAACUUCCUAUCAAUCUGAAGAAGCUGCAGGAUAUCUCCAAAGUCACACGUUAUGUACCUGACACCUAUAGGCAGUUUUAUGAUGAGAUUCUUCAGUGGCCGACUUCAAACUCAGGAAAUAGUGAUGAUGAGUGAUACAGUUGCAAACUGGUUAUUGCAAGACUGAGUACAAAUUCCAAACCUUUUUGUUCUGUGCAGUAAUACUUUUUCUUAGAGAUUUGCAUGUGUGCUGUUAAUAUAAUAUGCUGUUUCAUAUUGUGUUCUGUUUAAUAUUAUUAUUACUUUUUGGCUAAAGUGUGUAUAGGUAAGUUCUGUUUAGUGUGCAAUACCUUUUUGCAUGUAAUAAAGAAGUGUGCAUGUUUGUUUUAAAAGUAUUACUUUUCAGCCAUAGUGUGUACAAAAUAUCAAUGUAUAUCGUUCCGUGCAAUGCUAUUUUGCCUUAAAUAAUUUCCAGGUGCAUUUUCUUUGUCAAAUAGUGUUCGUUUCUCUUUAUUGUGUGUGCCAGUAUUUUGUUAAGUGUAAUACAUUAUAAUUACAUAUUAUUUUUCCUUGAAGAAAGUUUUUCUUGAUGCAUCACAGCCGUCAAAAUAUUAUAUAUGACUAUUAAUUGCCUCAAAUGUGUGCAAAAAUAAAUUUAUUAUGUUUAGUGCAUUAAUAUCUUGUCUUUAAUGCAUUAUUUCUUAUGCUUUUGGGUUGCAAACAUUAUUUAUUAUUACUUUUUUUGACUGUUUGUUGAUUAGUGGAAAAAGGAUAACAUUCCGGCACUUUCAAUUAUUCGUAUUUCUUUACUUACUUUGACUAUGGACUCGGAAAUUGUGUACUUUUGCUGUAUACUACUACACCUACAGUUGCUCAAUAGUGAAGUUUUUGAUCCUAACUGUAGUUUUCGUACAAUUCAGUUUUUCCUAUUUUUCUCUAAACAUGUAUACAUAUAUUGAAUAUUAACCUUUUUCCACUCAUCUGGUCAUAUAUUUUUUAAAUUUUAUUUAAUAUCUUUUUAAUUAUUUCAUUUAUAUAUUUAUUGUCUUCUGGAACUUUAUAAAAAUAUAUGAUGUCAUCCAUAUUUUCUUGAUUCUUCAGUUGAUGGUUUUUGUGUGGAAUAUUUCAAAGCAUAGUGUGAUGCACAGUGGAGUAUUGCAGGACUUGCAGUAUUAGUGAAUUCCUUUGCGCUUCUUGUUUUUUGUGCAGGUAGAUUUUUAUUCAUAGUUACCACCGGAAUAGCUGGAAAGUGUCUUCCUACGAGAGGACUUGGAUUCUUCUCAUUUGAACGUCUUCCUCCUGUCAGCACUUGUUUUCCUUUUUGAGUAUGUCUCGAGACUUUUCUCUAGUGAGACCAAAUUUAAAUUUUGCAAUCUGCAAAUUUUUCCCCCGUCACUGUUUUGUAUAGAAUGUACACAUUCAGUAAUGCAAGGUCUAUAGACAGAUUAACUCUAGAUUGCAGUACAUGGCUUAUGGUGUGCACUGUUGUCAAAUCUCUCACACAUUAUGAAUUUCAGGAUAUGUGUUUCUUUGGAAUUCUGAAUGCACCAGAAGCAUUUUAAGAACUCAUAUCGUAAUUUAUAAUAUUUUAUACUAUCAUGCUUGUAAAUUUGUAGUAUAUCACCAUUUUUUUUAUUCUAACUUACAACAAUAAACCGUUCACACACAUUCAUUUGCAGAUAUUCCUACAAAAUAUUAAAGUGAAAUUUUAAAGUUAACUAGACAAAGAAAUUAAUAACACAUAAUAAUCACUAUCGCUACUGGUGAUUAAAGUCGAUAUCCCUUCCAUAAGUGUAGCACAGGGCUGACCAGAAGAAUGAGGAUGGAGCGAUGGAGAUGACUGGGAUGAAGUUAAUGAGACUAAACUUACCAAAAACCUUUCCUCGUCAUCUUGAAGUUUAUCAGCUCUCCACAGCUUUUCUUCCAUGAACCUGGAAAGUUGUGUUAUGCAGCCCCACAUUUACCCAUGAUGCAUCUGUAAAGUGGCUUUCUAAAUCCCUAAAUCUCUUUACUUCUCUUUUCUUUACUUAUAUCUGUGUGUGUGCGCGUGCGCGUGUGCGUGUGUGUGUGGAAGUAAUGAGACACUUGAGAGAAGCGUGGAAAAGAAUGGACACAACAGUAAAAAGAGCACUCGACAGGCAGCCAUUCAAGGCAUUAGUUCAGGCCUUGAACCUCCUACAGGAUGUGGCCCGCAUUUUGCAUUAGUGCAUUCAGGUAAUUAGCAUGGUUUUAUUGAAAACGCUGCUGAGCCGAAAAUCAGUAAUUUCUUGGCUCAAUUUUUCAACUUUUAUUUAUUAAAAUAUUUUUGCUUUCCCAUAAGCUAGAGGACCCCAUCAAAACUUAUUUUCUCAGCUAUACCACCCAGGGCUAAACAUAUUAAAACUUUACUAGUGGGUCUUAGAGAGAGUCAACGUCUCAGCAGAGACAUGCAGACCUCUUACACGCAGCGUAGGCUAGCCGAGUCAAUUUCAUCUCGCCUGCAUGCAGGAACAGGCAUGAUAACUCUCCCUGUCUAACGUGACUUCCGCCUUGUUUCUCACGCAGGGGUACCUGCCUCGUCAGGCGAGCCUAGCUCGCUUUCCCAGGCUCGAGGCCCUGGCGAGCAAAGCGGAUGUGCUGGUCUCGGCAUAAAACAAACACUUCCCCGCCACCCCUGGCCUUCUUAGGUUUUCUGCUAUGCUUCCAGGAACCAUGACCGAGGCAAGGACCAUGCCCCUUCCCUCGUAAACCCCUCCUCUCCUUUAGGAACAAGCCACGCCUAUGCUUGCGCUCCACGCACGAGGCUUGUGCGCGAUCUCUCGAGCCCAACCAAAACUAAGCAUGCUAAUGUAAGUUUCUCCCGCCAGUGAGCACCACCCUCUAAUCCCCCUUUGCCUUAGACGACAUACAGCAACACCACCGCUUGUAGUCGCGACGACCAGGGGAAAACCCCCUUACAAUUUUAAAGUUUUGAAUACGUCAUAUUAGUGUUAGUGUUUUUCUGGUGAAUUAAGUGCGUGCAACCUCGCUAGUGGUCGUCUACCAUCACAUGGAUAGAUAGUACCACCGACCUACCCCACAAUUUGGUGAGUAGAGAUUUUAGUGCCCUUUUUUUAUUUCCUGUUUUCUUGAGCCCUUUGUGGCCGGGAACUUUCCCGCUGGCCAUAACCACAUAAUAACACUGUGCGAACUUUUGUUUUCACAGAAGGUUUUCCGUCCCCAGUGAUGGGUAGACAGCCACAUUUACUCGCACUGAGUUCCUGAUUUCGGCCAUCUAAAUUCCCCGCAUCGUGCUGUCAACUUUAGUCCGCUAUCCGCCCUGUCACGCCUCGCCGUUCGUAUGUCAGCACUUCGCAUGCAGCUAAGUCUAUGUUUGAAAGAGACAAUGUAAGAAAUCUUAAUGUUUUAAAUUCUCUACGAACAAUUUGUGAACUAUUCAACUACCAUUUAAAGAAAAAAGUAUAAAAUAUUGUAAUGAAAAGUAUUUGUCAAUCGAAAAUAAUGGAAAGUUGUUUAUUUUUGAUUUUAUUACUCUGAAACCUUGUUUGUGCAACUUGCUUUAAAAUAAAUGUAAUCUGUAAAGUAAUUAUCAAAGUAUCCGCGGCCGGCCUGCGUGUAGUAAAAUUCAAUUCAAUUAUAAUUUAAUGUACUAAAUUUGAGUUUACUGAACCUGUGAAUUUUCAUAAAAAAUUUUAUUGUCAUUAGUUUGUAAGUCAUCAAAGUGGUGACCAAAAGUAUUAACUACCAGACUAUGAUAAAUCUGGCUUGUCCAAAAUAUAAAAUAAGUUAACUAUUAAAAUAAUGUAGAAGUAACCAGA